GGCAGUGGAGUGGAGACGCCAUUUUAUAUUCCCAGGCGUCGCCUUCAACGCGACGACAGUGUUUUCGUCUUUUCGUAUUAUCGUCGUUUUCAACGACAAGAGAGGGCACACGCUCUCCUAAAUUUUCCGUGCAACAAAUAUUUUUAACCGUUUUAUCAAUUUUACAGUUUUUGAAUACCGUUUGAGGUGUUUUAUUGUUUGUAAUUUGUAAUCAUGGCCUGCUGAAAAAUGUCUGGUCUGAAACUGAACGUCUUAUCUCCAUGCGGAGAGGAUUUCUCCUUUAGAGUUUUCGUAGAUGUUAGAGGAUUCAAAUAUGGAAAAGAAACCCGCAAAUCGGGUCACUCAAAACCCAUCUAAGGGUUCUGGGACUGAUAGUAGGAAAACACAAGAUGCUAACAAGCAGCAGUUUCCUAAGUCAUCAAGGCGCAGAGAGCCAUCCAACAGCAAUGGUUCCAGAUCAGAGCAGGGUAGGAAACCUGCUCCUCAAAAAUCCAAGACCCUGGAUAAAAGACCGCGGCCUCGCGGCCAGUAUUAUGGCGGUGGAAAGGAGGGUACCCAGGUAGAAGAGUAUGAAACAGAACUGGGUUCGUUGUACUCAGCUGGAAGCAAGAAGCAGAAUUUAAAUCAUCUGUUGAAUUUCCACUAUGCUCCGAGAGGGGAAAGUGCAAGGCCAGUGCAACGGCCUAGCUAUCAAUACGGUGUUAAGUGGCUCAUGUCCACCCAGAAGCACAAGUACAACAAAGAACACUUCUUACAAGCCAAUUGCCAGUUUGUAGUGAGAGCGGAUACAGAUUACUCCCCAUAUCUGGCUGAUCCUGAUUUAUUGGUGAAUUGGGAAUUCAUCGAGCAAAUUCGUGUUGCCAGUCUUGAGCCAGUGAGCUGCCCCAUCUGUCUCAGCAGUUUAGUAGCUGGCAAGAUGACUCGCUGUGGUCACAUGUACUGCUACCCCUGCAUCCUUCACUAUCUGGCAUUGUCUGACAAGUCCUGGCGCAAGUGUCCCAUCUGCUACGAGUCCAUUCACAAGAACGAUCUCAAGAGUGUCAAGGUUGAGAGUAAAGUGGGACACAGUGUGGGCAAGCAGAUAACGUUUCAACUGAUGACACGCGAAAGAGGUUCUCUUCUUGCAUGUCCUGUGUCACAAUAUGAAGUACGCUCAAAACAUAAACCUGUGCUGAAUGUCUCAGAGAAUCAAUUGGACACCGCUUUUGCCAAACUUCUCACUGCAAAUGAAGCUGAGGUGCUGCAGAUCAUUGACCAGGAGAUGAUGGAGUUGGACAAGGAGCGUGAAGAAAAUCAAGGAUGUCCAGAACUGUGCUUCAUUGAGCAGGCUUUGGAGCUUUGUGCUCAGCGAAAGCAGAACAUUGUUUCACAGGUAAAUAACAACAAGACUGGGGAUAUACCUUUUGAAGAGGAUUCAGCUGGAAAAACGUUGUCUCAAUCACCAACAUUGCCGGUCAAAUCAGCUAACAUUGAACCACCAGAGGACAAAGAAAUGUCGUCAUCUGUUGAAAAUAACGUUGAAUACGAGUCUGCUUUUGAUAACACUCUUAUGGAUAUAAAUAGAAACACAGCCGAAGGAAAAGGGAAUGUUUUACAAGAAGAAAACAGUACCAGGCAACGUUACGAGAGUUUGAGCAGUGAAGGAGAAGACAUGUCCCCAUCCUUCAUUACAGCUGAGGACUUGGAGGCAACACCACAUCCAACAGCUACUCCCAUAAAACAGUUUUACUUCUAUCAAGCUUGUGAUGGACAGCAUAUCUACUUGCAUGCAGUCAACGUGCAGAUGUUGGAGAUGACGUAUGGCACACUGCGCGAGUGUCCGACCACUCUGACAGGGGUCAUUGUAGAGAAGGAGGCUGGGAGCAUGACUACAGAGCUGAGACGUCGUCUGCGCUAUCUGCAACACUUGCCUGUGACUGCACAGUUUGAGGUGGCCGAGAUACAGCUGUUGCCACCAGUGGUGACCCAGGACACAUUUCUCGCUUUCAAAGACCAACUUGAACAACGCAGAAGGCGCCGACAAAAGAGAGACCGGGAGGAACGGAAAAGGGAGAAGAAGAUUGCAGAAGAAGAGCUGCGGCAAAUGGGACGACAUGCCACCCCGCGGCUGCGUUUGGACUCUUUUCACCACUUCCCUCAAUGUGGCAUUCCAGAAGAUGAGAUACCUUCCCCGCCACCUAGAGUGACCUCAGCAGAUUCCAGUAGAACCAGCAGUCCAUUAUCUCGCAGAUCUGUUUCCCCCACUCCCGCUCUUGCUGCACUGACCCUCGACUCUUAUGAUUCUGGCCCCUCUUUUGCUCAGAUGUUGCGCAACAGCAGUGGUAGCAGUGGUCCCCGAGGCUGGGGAAUGGCAGCCGCAGCCAGCAAGCCUCGUGUCCCGCCAUCACCCUCUCCCCCUCGCCACACUAUAGACAGUGAUGGAGAGUCAGCCCCCGCUCCUGGGUACCACCAGAGUUUCAGUGAUGCCAUAGCAAUCGCCCUCCAGCAUGCCAGCGAACAGAAAGAUGAAACCAACAAACAAGAAGGGAAAAAGAAAAGGAAGAAGCAAAAGGUUUUGUUUGCAACUGGUAUGGCCUGCACCAGUAAAUAAGUUAGGUAUUUGUGUAGCAGCAAUGGAAGAAAUCCUACAUCUCCUAAAUUUACUCAUUUCCAAAAAUUAUAAUUAGUUCUGCGUCUUUUACUUUGUGGGUUCUAUUAUUAUGGUAGUUUUAUUUACAAUACGUUCAUUUCUGGUCUUAGUAUUAUAGUUUCUUAAUUUGUUGAACCAAAGUUGUACAUUGGUUAUAUGUUUCUGUUUCUAAAACUAUAAGUUAUAACUUGUUUUAUUGUUAUGUAACCGUUCAAUAUAUCCCUACAUAAUGUUCUUUUUAACUUGAAGAAACCUACCGUUAUUCAAUUUUUACUAUAACUGUGAGACUAAGUUUUUGACUAUUGACUUAAAUGUUUUUUGUUUUUUUUAUUUGCUGUUGGUAAUGCUAUUUUACCUUGGGUUUUUUAAAUUCUUGAGAUAUAUUUGUAGUUAUUUACAGGGGCAUUUAUUAUGAUUCAAAAAUUACAUAAUGAAUUAAAAUGUUUUAACAAAAUUGUGUUCUGAUUGAAAACACAGUUAAAAACAACAUUGGUGUUACCCUUAUUUGUUGGCUGUGACCAAAUACAGUUCAAUUAACAAACUCA